AUGAUUGAGAGGGGGCAAGGUAAACUGUCUAGUACCAUUGAAGUGAAUCCUAAAGAAGCUACAAUGGCAAUAACCCUUUACUCAAGGAAAGUGUUGGAUGAUCCAGAAGAUAAAGUAAAGUCGGUAUUUGAGAAGAAAAAUGAGGUUAAAGUGGAUGAUAGAAGUGAAAAACUUGAGGAUGAGCAUGAUGGAUUAGGCAAAAAGAGUGAAGAUGAUCAACGUAUAAAGGUGCCUGAAGUUAAAACUUACGUGUCACCUAUCCCCUUCCCAAAAUUGAAGUUUGCCAACCUUGUGCCUACUCAAGUGAUUUUGCAAUUAGCUGAUCGUUCAGUUCGAUAUCCAACAGGCAUUGUAGAGGAUUUAUUGGUAAAAGUUGGUAAAUUUUAUCUUUCUGCGGAUUUUAUUGUUCUUGAUAUGAAAGAAGAUAUUUCUAUACCUAUUGUCCUUGAUAGAGGGUUCUUAACUACGGGGGGAGCUAAUAUAGAUUUAUUUGAAGGAAAAUUAACUUUAAGGGUUGGUAAAGAGAAAUAA